UAGCUGGGCAACCUGCUAGCGGUAGUGAUGGAUGGAUUUGGCUGCUAAAUACAGAGGUUCCGGUGAUUAGUUUGACUUCUGUCGUGUUGGCUUUCUCCUCGCCUGUAUAUCCUAAUAUUACGGACCAAAUCCAACGCUUUAUAUCAUGUUUAAAGCAGAUUUCAUUAGCAUGCCAGUGAGUCUGUGUUUUUGCUGAGAUAGUGCUGAUCUGGCUGGCUCACCGAAGAGACUGCAAGACAUUGGUGCAGAGCUUUUCCAGUUAACUUCAACAAAAAAGGAUUUCUAAAUACAGAUUUGUGCCAGAAGAUGAACGGCCUGUCCAUACGAGAGCUUUGUUGCCUCUUUUGCUGCCCCCCCUGUCCCAGCCGCAUUGCAGCCAAACUGGCUUUUCUCCCUCCAGAGCCCACUUAUGCUUUGCUCCCCGACCCAGAUCCCGGAUCUGGAGCAACAACCGUGUCUGCCGCCAACUCUGGAGCUGCUCCCCCGUCACUCGGAGCGCCGGGACUGCGUUCGCGGCUGGGUAACGCUGGUGGAUCAGACAGAGGAGGCGGUGGAGGAGGUGGCGGUGGCAGUGGAGGAGGAGGAGGAGGAGGAGGAGGCGGCAGCAGUGGUGGCGCUGCCACCACCAGCAGCAGCAUCGCUGGGCCUGAAGGCAGGUGGAAGUUGCACCUCACAGAAAGGGCCGAGUUCCAGUAUUCGCAGAGAGAACUGGAUGUGACCGACGUGUUCCUGACCAGAUCUAGCCGAGGGAACAGGGUUGGAUGCAUGUACAUACGCUGUGCUCCCAACGCCAGGUUCACAGUGUUGUUCUCGCAUGGCAACGCCGUAGACCUGGGUCAGAUGAGCAGCUUCUACAUCGGCUUGGGCACCCGCAUCAACUGCAACAUCUUCUCCUACGACUACUCAGGCUAUGGCGUUAGUACCGGCAAGCCAUCUGAGAAGAACCUUUACGCAGACAUCGAUGCUGCGUGGCAUGCCCUGCGCUCUCGGUAUGGCAUCAGCCCUGAAAAUAUCAUCCUGUACGGACAGAGCAUUGGCACAGUGCCCACAGUAGACUUGGCAUCGAGGUUCGAGUGCGCUGCGGUGGUCCUUCAUUCUCCUCUCACCUCCGGCAUGAGGGUGGCCUUCCCUGACACAAAGAAAACUUACUGCUUUGAUGCGUUCCCCAACAUCGAGAAGGUUUCCAAGAUCCCGUCUCCAGUGCUCAUCAUUCACGGUACAGAAGACGAGGUGAUCGACUUCUCCCACGGCCUCGCCCUGUUCGAGCGCUGUCCCAAGGCCGUGGAGCCCCUGUGGGUGGAGGGGGCCGGCCACAACGACAUCGAGCUUUACAGUCAGUACUUGGAGAGGCUACGGCGCUUCAUCAACCAGGACCUGGCUGCGCAGCACGCCUGAGAAACAAGCAGCCUCUACGUGUUUGUAUCUAUGACACUGUGUAUGUGGGUGUGUGGAAGCGUGUUUGCGAUGAACGCGUGAGUGAUUUUUGGUCACAUCUGUGUGUCUUUUUGAAGCAGCACACCUGCAGGUUCAACACAAACACGACCGACGUUGUGUUUCCUGUUUUUAAAGGUGACAAAAAAAAAAGAAAUUUUUUAAAACGUCAUUAGCUUUAUACAUUUGUACAGUGUUGGUGAAACACUACAGAACUGGUGAAGUCAUUUCAGAGCUGCAAGCGUCGUAGGGCGACGUGGAAUUGCAGCUUUAAAACACGUCGACUUAAUUCAAUUGAUAAGCGAGAGAUUUUUUAUUUUAUUUUUUUUUUUGUCCACAAAGGCACACAGAUGUAAUUCUGAAGUGGUGUUGGUGAGUAUGCUGUGAUUGUGUGUGUGUGUGAUUGUGUGUGCGUUCAAACUUCUCUGGAUCUGUGUGCACACAUUGGUAUGCGUGAGUGAAUGUGUGUAGAAAUGAAGGACAUCCUGAUGACUUGGAAACCUAGAGUAGUGGAAGGCUAAUGAGGACAUCAAUAUUGAUGUUUCUUUUUUGUUUUUUAAUCAUGUGAUUUAUGUAUAAUAAUGAAGAAUACCUCCACAGUUUGACUAGUUCUCUUUUCCAGUGGACAAAUACUGAUCAAGCAUGUAUCCCCCCCCGUCUCCACUACUUGUUUAUCUUUUUAAUGGACAUCAAUCUGACUGCCAGGGCAUUCCCAAGUUUUUCUCCAGCUAACACUAACCUACUUAAUGUGUGGUUUGGGGGUGAUCUGUCUCCAGUCCUCUUGUUGUAGCCUGAAAUCUUUUCACAGCUUGCGUGGCUACAGAGUGUCUCAUACUUUCCCUCGUUAUUAAUUCUCAAAAGGCCAACUUCCAUGUCCUAAACUUUCCACUAAGUAGCAGAAACGUGUUUCAGGGGAAUAAAUUAGAUUUCCCAUUCCAAAAAAAAAAAAAAAAAAGUUUUAAUUUUCUCGGGAUUUUUUUUUUUUUUUUUAAGUGCAAGUCUGCUUUGUCAUUUUAUCGUGUAAACUCAGAGUGGGCGCGCGGAAAGAUUUAAAGAGACGUUUGCAGACACUCCAGGAAGUGGCUGCUCCUGAACAAGAAGCGGUAAAGAAAGUAGCACCUCAUAAGACCGCAACGAGGUGACGCAGCAGAGAGGUUGCUGUGAUUGAAAGGCUAUAAUGACGUGCGAGUUAUUUUAGUGUUCUUGUUUAUUGGGUGGAAUGGAACAAGAUGCAACUUUGUCACUUUUUUCUUAAAAAAAAAAAAAAAAAAACGAACUUGGGGAUUUACAUUUCUUUUGGAUUUUCUUUAAUCGACACAAACUUUAAAUGCAUCCUUACUGAUAUUUGGAUAUAUGUCUCGUAGUAAGUUGAAGGCAAGCCGCACAAGUUUCAGGAAGCUCUAACAUGUUUGUGGCAGAAUCCUGCCUGAAUAUCUGAACACGGAUCCAGCUUUUAAAGAUGGUCCAGCAGUUUUUCCAGCAUAUUCCAAAAGCUUGAUGUUGGUCAACUUAAAAACCAGUUUCUAUUUAUAUUUGGGAUCAUCGUUCCUGUUGAAAACCCAAUCAUGUGUCUAUUGGUUUGAGUUGAGUAAUUUGGAGGCAGUCCUCCAUCUUUUUUUUUUUUUUUAUUGUUCCUGUACUGCUGUCAGCAGAAUUGACCUCUCAGCAUGAUGCUGCCUCCACCCUUCGUUGGUUAAAUAUAGUUUUAUGUUUGAAAGCCUCACUGACCUACUUGUAUCUUCUCGAUUGGGUCAUUGUCUCCCUUCACCAUAAAACCUUUGGCUUGACUUUGUGGCCAACUGCAGGUUUCAGGUUUUGGAGCAGCUCUUCCUCGCUCCGCUGCCUCUCAGUCCUUGCUGAUAUUAAACUCGGUUCACUGGACGUUGAUACUGGUGUUUCAGCAGCUUCCACACCCCAGUGAAUUUCCUUUCAUCCACAGCUGACUGCUUGGAGCAGACAAACUAAUUAAAUUUAAAGUGUUUCAAAUAUUCAGUCAGAACCGCAGCUACAAAAAGUGUGAAAUUUCUAACUUGCUAAGGCAUUUGUCCAAAGUGUAAGGACAUAUUUGAGCACCUGAUGUGUUUUGUGAUUUGAAAAAGUGAAGUUGCGUUGUAUAAUCCUUCCACCCUGGGAAAAUGGUUCAGAUGCAUAAUUAAGUCUAAAAUAAAUCAGAAAAUCAUGCAUUAUAGUAGUCAUGUCAACGUCUGAAUGGCACUGUAAAUGUUUUAAUUUUUGGAGAGAGCCAUUGUUUUUUUUUUCCAUUUCUUUUUCUAAGCUUUGCUGGAAACUGUCUAGCUGCCUCUUGAGUGAGACGCCUCUUGAGAAUUGAAACAAACGUAAUUAAAUGUUUUGGCCUUCGGUCAGAAGCGAGGCUAAAAAGUUGAGACCUUUGGAGCUUGAUGCUUUGAUAAAAGUUGACUCCAACAGCUGCCGUCUGCUCCAACAAACCAACACGAAUUACAUCCGUUUUUAUUCCGAUGUUGCGCGUAACCUGAAUUUUGCCGGUUAGCAUUCAUCCGUUUCUAGCCGCCACCGCCGCAGCAGCAUAUUCGCUAGGCGAAUUUUAGCUUCGAUGUAAUUUUUCCUGAGUUGAUUGUUUCAUAAUCAUACUUCGUGAUGUUGAGACUGAUAAUGUGAUUCAGAUGAGGUGCCAGAAUGGAAUAUAGCUUCCUGUACCUUCCUGUUUUUGUUUCCAUCUCUGGCCCUAAAUGUACAGAAGCUCUUCUUGUGGCUGGCAGCACACUGCAAUGUCUGACACAAGCCAUACCUGAGCCUCGUCACUGUUGUUGUGGUGCAGGUUCCACCACACGUACGCACACACACACACACACACACACACCUUUGCACAUCGACAUGCAUACACAAACACACACACACACUAUAUGUAUUUACACAUUUAUAUAUAUAUUUAUAUCUGAUCUAGCAUGAAAAAGCAGGUCUUAAGUUCAGCACUAUUGUAUAAAGCAUCCAAAGUGUAACAAGGGUAUAAAAUGUACGUCCGUGUCUUUUCAUUAUCAUUGACUGUGUUCUAAAGGAGAAAAGCAUCAUGGAUACAGGUUUUCCUGGGUGAAGAAGUACCAGCAGGUCCCGUGUGCAGACCUGCUGUAGUACAAGGCGUUUGCCGCACAGGAGAUCCAUCAAUUUCAGCGAUUGUGGCCGCAUUGUAUCAAAGGGAACAUUUAACCGGCGCUGACCUGAUUGCUCCAUUUUGGGAGUGCGCGUGGGUCUCGGGAAGCAGCAGAAGACGUUUUCUGAACCGCCACUCACCUCCUGUCUGCUCGAACAGGGGUAUUUCUCUUUUCUUCUUCUUCCGUUCUCAUCCUGUGCUUUGCGUAUGUGAUGUUUGAGCAAUGGAAAUCUGUUGCAUUCUCAAACUCAGAAACUGAGUCGUCAGAAGAAUUUGAGAGAGUAAAAAAGUCUGUCUCUCUCGCUCUCUUGAAGUAAAAUUUGUCCUCAGUUUUCUACCGGAAUGGGGAAACCAGGGAGACCUCACUGGUUUGGAGAAUCUGGGUUGGAAACGUACCGUUUAUCGAUGCACCACUAUGGUUGAUAUAUUGUAUCCUUUGGCCUUGAAUGUUCAUUGAUUGGGGAGGGUGGGGGGAUAAGCAGUAAAAAAACUGUAUGCAUGUCUGUUGUGUUUUGCAGAGCAAAUGAUGGGAUGGAGCAUAAUCUUGUGUUAAUGUGAGGAUAAAGGUGAAUUCAUGGCGUUGAAACAUUAAAACUCCAAAAAAAAAAAGAAAAAAAAAAGG